AUGAAAGAAGCGUUUGUGUCUCCUGAUCUGUCUGUGACGAUCAGAGAGAGUGCCAUUCCCGAACCUGGGCCUGCGGAAAUUCUCGUCAAGGUUAUAUGCUCCGGAUGUAAUCCCAAGGACUGGAAGUAUCCAGCCUACUCGGGCGCAACCGUGAACUCGGGCGAUGAUGUAGCCGGGGAGGUUGUGAGAGUUGGCGGUGAUGUAUACGAGUUCAGAGCCGGUGACCGAGUGGCUGGCAUGCACAUCAUGCGCACACGAGGAGGCUCUUUUGCAGAAUAUGCAAUCCUACCCGCGUCGACAACGUUUCACCUACCAAACACUGUUUCCUUUGAGGAAGCCGCAACGAUUCCACUUGCAGCUCUUACUGCCUCCGUUGCCUUAUACCACAAUUUGAGACUGCCAUAUCCGUGGGAGCAAUCAACGAAAAGGACUCCCGUGCUCAUCUACGGCGGUACCAGCGCAAUAGGGACAUUCGCCAUCAAACUUGCCCUUCGUUCAAACAUCCAUCCUCUCAUUAUAGUUGCUGGACAAAGCCGUGAUACCCUAGGCAAGCUCCUUCAGGAGUCUCAGGGAGAUGCCAUAAUCGACUACCGAGAAGGGCCCAGUGCGGUUGCAGAGAAUAUGCAAAAAGCUCUGAAGGCAGCCAACGCCGGACCUGCUUACCAUGCCUUUGACGCCAUCUCAGAGGGAGGUAGUUUUCAGACUUUGAGCAAGGUAUUAGCACCGCAAGGCCACAUAACGGUUGUUCUCCCCGAGGCCGACUAUAGCUCAAUUCCUUCGCCAAUUACAACAUCACUCACCUACGUUGGUGUUGUCCAUACUGGUGCACCGGCCUUGUCUGCCCUCAAGGGAAUAAAUUCUGUUGCAGAAGGUGAUGGGAAAGACGUGGGGUUUAUCUUCUCGAGACUGUUCGGGAGAGGUUUGGCAGAAGGGUGGUUUUCACCACAUGCACACAGAAUGGUGCCACGCGGUUUGGACGGCCUUAGCGACGCUCUUCAAAGUCUCAAGGGCGGAAAAGCAAGGGCUGUGAAGUAUAUCAUUAGGCCUCAAGAUACGGUGAAACAAUGA